AUGGAAGCAAUUACAUGGCUUCCAUUAAUGUUUCUGAUUCUAUGCUCUGUGAGAGGAGAACUUCUCCCCAACAUUGGUGCUCACCUGAUGAAUUGCAUGGAGUCGGACCGAGAAGCUCUCAUUGACUUCAAGAAUGGCCUUCAUGAUCCUGCAAACAGGCUUUCUUCAUGGAAGGGAAGCAACUGUUGUCAUUGGCGGGGAAUAAGUUGUGAAAACACUACUGGAGCUGUUAUUGCAGUUGAUCUCCGGAAUCCACAUCCAACUUAUAAUUACAAUGAUGAAUCUCUCGACAGUGGUGCGAUUCCGUUAAAUUUAGCAAACCUUUCAAGCUUGCAGUAUCUUGAUGUUUCUUGUGAUGAUAUUUGGGAAGAGUCUAGUUUAUUUGUUGAUAAUCUUAAAGGCUCAUCUGGUUCCAUUCCACCUCCUACCUUUUUAAAUUUAACUUCACUUGUUGUCCUAGAUCUUAGUGAUAACCAAUUCCUUCCAAAAGUCCUCGAUUUUCUUGUCAAUGUUAGCAGCCUUGUUACUUUGGAUAUGAGCAAUAAUUCGUUGGAUGGAAGAAUUCCACUUGAUUUUAGUGAACUACCAAAUUUGCAGUUUUUAUAUCUGGGAGCCAAUGGUCUUUCAGAAAGUUGUCAUCAAAUGUUGGGGGGACGAUGGGAGAAGAUACAAGACCUUGACUUCGGCAGGAAUGAUCUCCAUAGGAAACUUCCUUCUUCCAUUGGAAACCUGACAUUUCUCAGUCACUUAGAUCUUUCUGGCAAUAGUGUUGACGGUGGGAUUCCAAGCUCAAUCAGAAAACUUUGCAAUUUGAUUUUGUUAGAUGUGUCUGAUAAUUACAUCAAUGAAACUUUACCAAAAUUCCUUGAAGGAAUAGAAAUUUGCCUUUCUAGGAAGCCAUUUCCUAUUCUACAAUCUUUCGACUUGUCAUAUAAUUACCUGGUUGGUAAUUUACCAGAAUGGUUGGGUCACAUUGAGAAUCUUGUUGAGCUUGAUUUGUCCUUGAACUAUCUAAAUGGUCAAAUCCCAGCUUUUUUCGGAUCACUCCAAAAUCUUUCUAGGGGGCCACUGCCUAGUCUACAAUAUUUGGACUUGUCAGAUAAUUACUUGGUUGGCAAUUUACCAGAAUGGUUGUGUCAACUUGAGAAUCUUGUAAACCUUAAUUUAUGGUGUAACUCUCUAAAUGGCUCUAUCGCAGCUUCUUUCGGAUCACUCCAAAAUCUUUCCAGGAGGCCACUACCAAAUCUGCAAUCCUUGGACCUGUCAGACAAUCAUUUGCAAAAUCUUACUAUUAUGCUUCUAGGAGGGAAUGAGCUAAAUGGGACCCUCCUAGAAAGUUUGGGACAGCUUUCUGGGUUGCGUAAAUUUAAUGUUUCAUCCAAUCAAUUGACAGGUCUCUUCUCUUGCAAUGAGUUCCUGCCAUUUGGGUCCUUCGUUUCCGACUUGGCUCAAGUCACAAAAGCAGGCAACAUUGUUCCUGGACUUGAAGUCUUUGAUCUUUCCAAUAACAACUUAAGAGGAAGUAUUCCAUCAAGCAUUGGAAAUUGUUCUGAUCUCUCUGCACUAGACAUCAGUAAUAACCAUUUGUCUGGAACCAUUCGUACCUUCUUGGGUCAAUUAAGAGGGCUUAAAACAUUGCACCUAAAUGACAACAGGGUCUAUGGACAGCUCCCAUCAUCUUUCCAAAACUUAUCGAGUUUGGCGACCCUAAAUCUUGGAAACAACAGAUUAAACGGCAGAAUUCCACCAUGGAUUGGGAAAGUAUUUGAAAGUCUAAGAAUUCUUGGCUUGAGGGCUAAUUCCUUUUCAAGAGAACUUCCGGCUCUGUUAUCAAAUUUAAGUUCACUACAUAUCCUGGACGUAGCAGAAAAUCAGUUCACAGGCAAUAUUCCAGCUAGCUUUGGACAUUUUAAAGGCCAACUUCUAAGAUACACCAAGACCCUCUCCCUUGUAACCAUGCUAGACCUCUCAGGGAAUAACUUGAGUGGAGGUCUUCCUAUAGAGAUGACAAAUUUAUUGGGUUUGGUCGUUCUCAACUUGUUCUCCGGUGCUAUUCCUCAAAGCUUGGGAUCACUCUCAUUCCUGGGGUAUCUGAAUCUGUCAAACAAUGAAUUGUCUGGUCCUAUUCCUGAUAAUGAUCAUAUGCUCACUUUUAGUGCAUCCUCUUUUGUUGGAAAUGUUGGCCUUUGUGGUGGUCCACUUUCGGUAAAAUGUCCAGGUGAUGACGAAAAUGAGAAACCAGAUAAGGAUGGAUGA